CAAAGAAUAUCUCACCAAAGCUGAUUCCUCCUCUAGCCAUGCCCCUCUGCUAGUCUCUCAUUUCUCAUCAAGAAAACUUCUGACAGUGAUAACCUAUAGAUAGCCAGCUAGACAAGAUCAAGCUCUCUUAGCUCUUGAGUUGCAUUAUAUUCAGACAUGCUCCAUCUGCCCUAGAUAUUCAAGAAAAUCCCCCCAAAACAUUUCCUAGAUCUUGUGCUAUAUAUCUAGCUAGAGCAAGAGAGAAACGACCCAGCCAAUUGAUCCCAUGUACAUGGACCUGAGCUUGGGCACACUGGUACAAGACACUCAAGAAGUUCAAGAAGAAGACCAAGAAGACAAUUUGGACCAGCAACGAGCUAUAGGUCAAGAUCUCCACCAGCAAGGUGGCGGCGGCGGCGGCGAGCCAAGCCAUGGGGUGGAGCGGGAGCACAUGUUCGACAAGGUGCUGACGCCGAGCGAUGUUGGCAAGCUCAACCGUCUGGUGGUGCCGAAGCAGCACGCGGAGCGGUUCUUCCCGGCUGCCGGCGCCGGGACGCAGCUGUGCUUCCAGGACUGCGGCGGCGCUCUGUGGCAGUUCCGGUACUCCUACUGGGGGAGCAGCCAGAGCUACGUGAUGACCAAGGGGUGGAGCCGCUUCGUCCGCGCCGCGCGACUUGCCGCGGGGGACACCGUCACCUUCUCCCGCGGCGCUGGCGGCGGCGGCCGAUACUUCAUCGAGCACCGCCACUGCCAGCGCCGCCGCCGCCGCGAUGUCGAUAUCAGCUUCGGCGACGCUGCCACCACCAUGCCGCCGUGGCCAAUAGCUGUCGGAGUGCAAGCCAUGAAUGGGGGUGCAACGAUGGCCGUCGAGACGGCGUCCGCUGCCAUCGCCGGUACCGGUCAUGACAGCGAGGUGGGACCCUCGGCGGCGAGGAGCUUCAGGCUCUUCGGCUUCAAUGUUGAGUGCAGCGGCGACGAUGCACCGGCGGCACCGGCUUCCGCCGAAGUGGAGUAUGUCGACGUCGACGGCGACGACGACUACAGCUAGUAGCAGCAACGACGUAGGUGGGCAGAGAUGAUGAUCUACUGAUCUGGAAGACUGGAACCUUAUUACUAUAGGUAGAGCUAGCAAUUUCUAUUGAUACACAGUGGUGCCUUAUUGAAUCUUAACUAGUCAUUCUUAUUUCCAAUUGGAUUGAUGGUUUAUUUUAGGUAAUUGCAUGAAGUAAUUAAUGAUGAUUAGAUCCUUGCUCUCUCGAUCUUGUUCUUUGGUUCCUUGUUCUUGUUUUUGUUUCUGUAGUAUAAUUAUUACUACUCUUAGUGCAGUUGAUUAUGAGCAAGAAGGCAAUUAUUUACUAUGGUUUAGUUGUGUAUCUAGCUGGCCGUGAGAUUUAUGAAGACAAUCAUAGGUUUUCGAAUCACGACUGAAUUAUGGGAGUAGAUCCUAAUGAUCGAUCCGCUUAUAUUUACUCAAGGCCUUGAUUUUUGUUUUAUUGUAUGCACAUUGUGUGCAUCGAACGAAUUGAGGUGAAUUAUUAGCUAUUGUGUUUCCAUGGUUUUUA